UGGCGCCAUUUAACAACGUCUUUACUGUGCGCGCGACCCGGAGAUAAACCCGCACGCGCCUCCUCUGCUUCCUCUUUCCUCCUGCGUUACGAGGGCAGCCAUGGUGAACGUACCGAAGACCCGCAGGACCUACUGCAAGAAAUGCAAGAAACACCAGCCUCAUAAAGUCACCCAGUACAAGAAGGGCAAGGAUUCGCUCUACGCCCAGGGUAAGAGGCGUUACGACAGAAAGCAGAGCGGUUACGGUGGACAGACGAAGCCUAUCUUCAGAAAGAAGGCUAAAACCACAAAGAAGAUCGUGCUGAGGCUGGAGUGUGUGGAGCCCAACUGCCGCUCUAAGAGAAUGCUGGCCAUUAAGAGGUGCAAGCACUUCGAGCUGGGAGGAGACAAGAAGAGAAAGGGCCAGGUCAUCCAGUUCUAAACUGGGCCGUGGAAUUCGUGGUUUUCCAUCCGUCAAUAAAAUGACUACAAAAAAAAACAA